GACAGGUGUUACUGUCUUAGUAAUUCACUGAGUUAUGAAGACAAAAGGACACAUUUGGGUGCUGACUGUGUUUUGAAAGAGGUUGAAAGUCUCUGAUACCACAGGCUAAUGCAGCAGUAGUUGUAGGGCGGCUACAGUGCACCCCCCCACCACCACCACCACCAACCCGAUUCCCCUCUUAGCUCCAGAAGCCUCAAUCACCGACUCGUACCUCCCCAGCAAAAUUGAUCGUGUAUGUGUGUGCGUGUGUGUUGACUCCUAAAAAGAGCCAGAGUAUUGAGUCUAUAGGGAAUAGAAGUAGGUAUGGGCAUCUCCAUUCCCAAAGCUUGGGAGAUUUUGAUAAAAACCACUUCUCUCUUUCCAUUGACACCAAAGAGGAAGGUUGAGACACACAAAUCAAAGAUUCACGCAGAGUUUGAGCAGCAGAAAAACUUCCUGGCCGAAGAGGAACUGAGGCAACUGCAGAAGCUGGAGAUGGAUGAGAGGAAACAGCUUAAAAUCUUGGGCGAGGCAGAAGUAGAGCUGGCCCAGAGCAGGGAGGCUCUACAGGAGCUGAUCUCAGAGCUGGAGCGGAGGAGUCGGGGCUCGGAGCUGGAGCUGCUGCAGGAACUAAUCUCUAUUUCCCCCAGGAGUGAGUCCUGGAACCUGAAAGAGCUGGACAUCGACUCCCCAGACCUGAGGAGUGUGUGCCGUGUGCCAGGGCUGAAGAAGAUGCUGAGGACGUGUGGAGUACACGUUACGCUGGAUCCUCACACAGCCAAUCCGUGGCUCAUCCUUUCCGGGGAUCAGAGACAAGUGAAGCUUGGGCACACCCCGCAGGAUGUGCCUGAAAAGGAGGAGAGAUUUGAUACUUAUCCCAUGGUCUUGGGUGCCCAGAACUUCGAAUCCGGAAAAUUUUACUGGGAAGUAGAUGUGACGGGGAAGGGAGCCUGGGACCUGGGGGUUUGUAGAGACUCUGUGCAGAGGAAGGGGCAGUUUUUGCUUAACAAUGUCAACUCCAGCCAGCAUGCAGAGGAAAAGAUACAUGGGUUCAUGGAGGCUGCGCUUGGUGAGGAUAAUGAAGAUGAGAAGACCAUUUCCCAGGAGGGCAAAGAUAUAGGAGAUGAAUAA